AUGCUGGCUUCGAUGAACUACAAGUCACCGUUGUGCAGAAAACACCUUGAAAUUGCAUUGACCGCCAGAAAUAGGAAAUAUGCCACAAAGUUCGCCGAGGUUUUUAUUUGUUGUGAUCAAUGUAAGUUAGUUACAGUACAGUGUUUCGCAAGUAAAGUUAACAACUUUGCUGUUGGGAACUUGGAAUAUUCUUUUAGGUUAUAAUAUGACGCAUUUGAAUCUUACUUGUUUUGUUUGGCAAAAUAUAUGUGAAUGUAUUGUAUCAUAAGUAAGUGUUUCUUCAGCUGAUCCGAACUUGCAAGAAAUGGAUUGGUUAAUUCAGUUAUUCUUCGACCAGUUAGUGGAUCCAUCGCCAAAAGUACGACGACGUGCUAGUAAAAUAUUGCAAAAAUGGCUUCCGGUUAGUUUUUUGGUUACUAAAGAUACAAACUAUCUUAUAAUAUUUUGAUUUUUUACUUUAUUAUACGUAGUGUUUCUGUUUUACUUGGACAUACACACAGGUUAUAAGCUGAUGUAAAGAAUUUGUAUAUUGCGAUUAAGGAUAGAUUUGUUGCAGUGCUACAUGACUUAAUAAUAUCAGCGUUUUUAGAAAUAUCCACGAAAGUUGCAUUACAUGGAAAGACUUCGAACAACAGAUCUGAGUGAUGUUGGAUACUUGAUCAGAGCUGUUUUAAUGACUGAUGAAGAAUUGGUGAAGCAGUACCAUAGAAGUGCUGCUCAUGCUGUGAAACGAUGGAUGGAGGUAUGGUUUUACAUUUUCUUUUAUAUGAGGUUGAUUAGGUUGUUUCAAUUUUUUUGGGUAUACUGAUGUUUUUUAUAGAUGUUCAACAAUAGUUACAUUUCGAUACUGGAGGAUGACUUACAUCUUUGCCUGGGCUUUCCAAAAAGAAGUGUUGACUACAAUUUUGCGCGGCACAGCACGGUUCAGAAAAAGUGAGUAAUUUUUGUAACAAUUUAAGAGUUUAAAAUUUUAAAAUGGGCUUAUUUUAGGAUUCCUGAAAGUUUCCUAACGCCGUGUCACUUGUUCGAUUCUUUGUCACAACAUGAAUUUGGUCGAAAUCUUCUUCUAGAUGCUAAUAGAGAGCUGUGUGAGCGACUUAAGACAUCAGUAGAUUUGAACAAUGUUGAAGAUAUGAAAGGAGCUGUUAUUGCUUUGGGGUUUGUCAUUGGAAAUGCCGACGAAAGUAAGCUAUUAAUUUUUUUGUAAUGCAAUAUUAAACGUUUAUAAUCUUAUACAGUAUAUAAAAAUUUUUGGAUGAAUGUUGUAUUACUCGGUUAUAAAAACUUUUUGUUUAAAAUUUGAGUUUGAUAUCUCAGUUGAAAUGAAGCUUGAUUUAAUGAUUAUUUUCAGAAUACGUGGAGUCAAUAGCCGACUUUAAUGUUGCCGAACGCAUUAUCAAAUUGGCCGAAACCUGUCCUUAUAUGGGUCUUCGUGUUAUUGCAUUCUUUGCAGCGAACAUGAUGACCAAAUCAGAGUACGGGAUCACUCAACUGAUCAGAUGUGGCUGGGCAGUUAACAGAAGACCUGAUUUACAUCUUCAACAUGAGAUUGAACUGCGAAAUGCCAAUUACGGAACACCAGAACAACCGGCACUAAAAGAUAGUUUGGAUAAUGAAGAAGCACAAAAUAAGAAGCCGGAGGUUGAGAUUUUAGAAACGAAUCCAUUUUACAACAAUCUUAAAGACGUGAAGGAUAGAAGGAAGGUUAUUGAGAAGCGGUAAGUCAAUUUUUUAAUAAUAAAAAUGUGAUUUUUUACAUUAUAUCAUAUUGUUUGUUAACUUUAUAAUAAAAAAUUAUUUUUUAUACAGUUUAAUGUUGAAAAAAAAGAAAAAUUUUGGGCUCAGCCGGUGAUCGAAACCGAGGCCUCUCGCACCCAAAGCGAGAAUCAUACCACUAGACCACUGAGCCGCGACCUCUUGUCUACUCUCCGCUGAUAUCUUCUGAAGCGACUUCAAAAAUCCAAAAAGGUUUAGCGUGAAACUUAAAAAACAUCUGCGCAAAUAAAAAGUAAUUCUUAACAAUUCACUUUAGGGUAUAUCCGACGCCGCUUAAAAAGGAUGUCGCGGCUCAGUGGUCUAGUGGUAUGAUUCUCGCUUUGGGUGCGAGAGGCCCCGGUUUCGAUCACCGGCUGAGCCCAAACUUUUUUAAAAUUAUUUUUAGAGAAUCAUGCACAUGUUUUAACACCUAACUUGUUUUACAUAGCUUUUAUUUUAAUUUUUGAAUAUUAAGACAUAAUUUUUAGAGAACCUACUACACCACCUUUGGAUAGACUUGAUAUAGAGUCAGACGAGUUAGCAAUAAGUAUCAAUGAAAACUUGAACUCUUUUUAUAUGGAUGUGACAUCGGUAAGUGGAGAGGUAAAACGUAUUAUAAUAUUUUGUAAUUUUUUUUUGUUUUGGUUUUUUAAAUGACGCAACUAUUUAUUAAACUUGUACGUUGUUUUAUAAAAUCUUAUGCUUUUCAGAGUUCAAGUCGUCGUGUUCAAUCAGAACUUAUGUUUCCAACAGGCUACAUGAGGACAGUCGACUUUUAUCGACCGCCAACUGAUCCAGUUAAUGAGUGUAAUCUACAAGUUCAGAUAUUGUGUGACUCUGUAAAACCGGAGAUCGAUACUUAUCGUGCUCUUACCGAAGGACUCUCGGAUGAGCAAGUGGUAGAAAUGCAGGAAAAAGCCCAAAGAAUGAGCAUGGCUAGAUUGGGAAACUUGAACAACAGUCAUGCUAUCACUUUACCAAAAACUCCUUCUAACGUUUUAAAGGUAAACCAAUUACAGCGUCUGACGUUAAUUUUUUUGUUUUCUAAGAUUUCAGUUUCAAAAAAAAAGUUUGGGCUCAGCCGGUGAUCGAAACCGGGGCCUCUCGCACCCAAAGCGAGAAUCAUACCACUAGACCACUGAGCCGCGACUUCUUCUUUAAGCAGCGUCGGAUCUACCCUCAAGGAAUUUGUUAAAAAAUUAUUUUUUAUUAGCGCAGACGUCUUUUAUGUUUUCUGCAAAAUCUUUGUUGGGUUUCUGAAGUCGCUUCAGAAGAUAUCAACUACGAAAAGAAAGGAUUUUGCGGCUCAGUGGUUUAGUGGUAUGAUUCUCGCUUUGGGUGCGAGAGGCCCCGGUUUCGAUCACUGAGCCCAAAAUUUUUAAUAUAUUUUAAUAAUUGAAAAUAUUUUUUAAUUUUAUUGAUUUCUUAAUUUUACCAUGUUUUUAUACUAUUACAACGUUUAUUUUACAAUUUUUUCAGAAUGUUUUUGAUGUGAAGUAUGAAUCAGAACGUGAUGAAAGACCUCACAAGUGUACAAGGAAGGCGUAUCUCAAUUUAGAGUUUGUGAAUAAUCUUGAAGGUGAACUAGAAAACGACGAACUCAAUGAAACGAAUAAUGAAGAUGACAAUAUUGAUCAAAAUAAAAGCUCUACUUCUACUAAUCAAUGUCAAGGUGGAACAGAUGAUAAUGAUAACAAAAAACAUGAAGAGAAUUUAGAUGAUGAACAACAUAAGAGUUGUAGUAAAACUAAGGUUGUGGAAGGUGAUAUUGGUGGUAAAAUGCCAGAACAAAAAUCAGAGAGCGAGCAGGAAGAUGUUGUUGCUGAAGUUAAACAUGCUCAAGGACAGGAUGAUUAUAAUGGACAAAAUUCUAAUGAACUAGAAGGCCAUGGUGAUAACGAAGAGGUAGAAAGUGCAGCUACGGAUACACAAGAAGCAAAUGAUCAAGAUACUGUGGCUCAAAAUUUAAAAAGUGAAAGCAGUGGUACUCAAGAGGUAAAAGAUGAAGGCACUUUUACUCAAAGGAAACCUCAUGUUGAAGUUGAGCAGUACGAAGAGGACGAGUUAACAACCCAAAGCGCACCAGAAUAUCCGAUACCAGAGACAGACUAUUCAGAAGAACAAAACUUAAGUGAAGAAGGCGAUAGUAAAAGUGACAUAGAGGAUGAAUCUAGUCGAAGUUGUCUAGUACCUAGUGGACUUGUGUUUGGAGCUAGAGUUCAGAGGGAGAAAGGCACGAGUGAAGAUGAGGAUGAACCUCCGGAACCGGAUGAAUACGUUGGUGAAGAUGAACAAGAGGAACGGAAUGAAGAAGGUGAAGAAGAAGGAGCGCUUGAAGAGAAAGAAGAGGCUUUUAAAGAGGAAUCUGGUGUAAGUGAACAUGAUGUAGUUGGAGAUAACGUGACUGAAAUUAAUGUAGCCAAUGAAAAAGAAGAAGCGAAUAUGUUUAAUGAUGAACAUAAUGUAGUUGAAAGUAAGGUAGAUGAAAAUGCGACUGGACAUGAUGUAGCUAAUAAGGAAAGAGAAGAAGAAACAGUUUCUAAUGUUGAACAUAAUGUAGUUGAUGAAAAUAGACUAGAACAAGAAGAGCGGGUUUCUACAGUUCGGUGUAGUAUCGCUCAACCUGAGCUAGCGGACUAUGUGGCUGAACAUGAUGUAGCUAAGAAGAAAGACGAAGAAAUAAAUAUUUUUAGUGUUGAACAUAAAAUAGAAGAAAAUGUGACUGGACAUGAUGUAGUUAAUAAAGAAGGAGACACGGUGCCUAAGAUUGAACACAUAACAGCUGAACAUAAGAUAGAUGAAAAUGUGACUGGAAGUGAUGCAGCUAGUAAGGAAGGAGAAGAAACGGGGUCUAACGCUGAGCAUAGUGCAGCUGACGAAAAGAGAAGUGAAAAAGAAGAGCAGGUUUCUACAACUGGACGCUACCGUGAGGUAGCUGAAAAUAUGGCUCAACAUAAAGUAGGCAAGGAGAAAGAAGUAGAAGAAAAGAUGCCCAAUAUUGAACAUAACACAUCUGAACAUAAGAUAAUUGAACAAAGUAUAGCUGAAAAGGAAAAAGAGGAAGAAAAACUAACCAAAGUUCAACAGAACGCAGCCAAAAAGAAAAGCGAUGAAGACAAGUGUAAGCCCAAGAUCUAUGAAUUUGAAGCGAAGAAGGAGGACACGUUCGAAGAUGGCGGAAUAUGGUUGGAGAAGGCACACAAUGAGAAGAAGUGCUUCUACUGUGCUAACAAAGAACAUUUGUGGAAACUAUACUUUGCUGUCAAGAUACCAUCACAAGAUGCUAUUGAACAGUACGGUGAAAAGAGACGACGAGUUCUGAGGCUGAUGUUUAGUCUUCGGAUUCACGAAAAGGCUAGAUACAACAAGUUGGCAGAGUAAGUGAAACCUUUAGAUAUUAUUAAUAUUGUUCCAGGUAUUUAGUAACUAACUAUUUAUUAAACAAAAUUUCAAACUAGUAUUUAUAUACAUAGCAUCUUUAUUAUAUGACCAGCAAUUUAUAUUAAAAAUGGUUGUUUAUUUGAUUAAAUUGUAGGUAUCAUCAAAAGUAUCGACCGUUAUUUGAGCAUCCUUGCAUGUAUUCUGACGCCGUUCACGUCCUAGCUGAAUGUCAUUUGAACAGUGAUGCCAGGCGUUUCAUUCAGUCUUUGUUCUUCAAUGUCUUUGAAGCUUCGCCGUUAACACAGUAUCCAGAACGAUGGAGUUUUAACCGUUAG